AUGAAGAUCGUAGGACUCUACGGAGGUCGAAUCGGCUAUGUGUGGAAUGACCUUGAGGAGUUAGACGAAUCGCUCAAGGCAUUCACGGAUGAUGAUGACGGCAAAAUUAGACCGCAAAUCGACCAAGCAGUGGAAGAGAAACUGGAAGCAAAGCUCGAAGAUGAAUUGCACACUAAAUCUGCUUCAUCGGAUCCCUCGGACUUUGUUCCUGAGGAUGAGAAUGGAUUCGAGUAUGCCGAGAGCUUGGAAUACCAUGGGUCCGAGACUGAUGACGAGGAAAGUGAGAUUGAGAGCGCGACUGAUAGUGAUAAUGAGUAA